AUGUCAAAGAUCCCAGAGGAUUUGCGGGUAACGAUAACAAGAAAUCUCACAUCCGAAGAGUGGAAUCUACAGCCAAUGUUGGAGAUCUUUUGUAAGGAAUUACAACUUCGUGAAAAAUGCCAGUUUUAUCCAGGAUCUGUCAACACUAGAGAGCCUCGUGCUCCAAAUCCACCUGUGCGAGGAGGGCCGUUUGAUUCACCGCCAACAACAUCUGCUCUGUUCAUGAAUGGCAACACGCAAACGGCGUUCUCCUUCAAACUGCGAGCGAAUAUCUUCAACCCAGCUGGUCAUGACAUCACUGUUAACGCAAGAUUGAUCUUCGACAGCAGUAGUCAGAGAAGUUACAUAACAGAGGGUCUACAGAAAGCUCUACAUCUUCCAGUCUCUGGACGAGACAGUCUGAUGAUUAAAACGUUUGGAGAAUCCACACCUAAGCUGAGGCAUUGUGACAUAGCUCAACUGGCAGUGGGAACGACAGAUGGCAUGACCAUUUACGUUACUGCGUAUGUGGUCCCACUCAUAUGUACUCCAGUGAGUAAUCAGAUGAUUGAGUUCACGCAAGCAAGUUAUCCCCACUUGCAGUGCUUGGAGUUGGCCGACAACACGCAGGGCACUGAUGAAUUGAACAUCAACCUCUUAAUUGGAGCAGAUUUCUACUGGCAUUUCGUCAAUGGAAUUACCAUUCGUGGCCCAGAACCAAGACUUGUAGCACUAUCCACUAGACUCGGUUAUAUUUUAUCUGGCCCAGUGAACAUUCCAGUUCCUUGUCACGAGGAUUCCACAGUUAAUCUGACGGAAACGCAUGUACUUGAAAUCUCUGCCAGUGUGUGUGAUGAGGAGAUCUCACUCGAUCAGCAAGUGAAACAAUCCUGGGACCUCAAAACACUAGCAAUCAAAGAGAACGAACCAACGGUCCAUGAGAAGUUCAUCACAGACAUCAGACACGAUGGAGAGAGAUACGAAGUAAAGCUGCCGUUCAAGGAAUUCCAUCCUGUUCUACCAGACAACUAUCAACUGAGCAAACGAAGAUUAGGAUCCCUCUUACAGAGGCUCAAGUCAAAGCCGCAAGUCCUCGAACAUUACGACGAAAUAAUUCGCGAUCACCUAAGGAACAAUAUCAUUGAAGCCGUCACUUCAGAAAGGGAACCAGAUGCAGGGAGAGUACAUUACCUGCCUCACAGAGAAGUAAUCAGAAUGGAAAAGGAGACCACCAAGAUCCGCGUUGUUUGA